UGGAUCUCAACAUGCCAAGCGAAUGGGUUUUCCUAAUCAUCAGCCUGAUCCCGAUGGCUUACGCGGGCACAACGGCGCCAUCGAUAAGCGCCAGCCCCAUUGUUUUUGCCCGGAAUCUCUUUCGGGCCCUCAACGAUGAGGCACAACCAGCGAAUAUAAUGGUUUCUCCAGCUGCUGCCCGUAGUGCCAUGACCUUGGUCUUCAUUGGAUCCGCAGGGAAAAGUGCCGAUGAACUGCGCUCCAAAUUGAUCCUGGGAGCGGCCAAUAAGUCGCAAAUCGCCAUCCAACAUGCCGAGGCCUGGAGUGCAGAGUGUUCCUGCGCCAGAAAUGGAGUGGGUAUGCGGUUGGUAACCCGUUUGUAUGUUAAUCAAGAAGAGAAAAUACGGCCGGACUUUAAUAACCGGGCCAUGGAGUUCUUCAAUGCCCAGGCACACUCUCUGAAUUACCUAAACCCCGAAGAUUCCAUCAAACAAGUCAACAAUUGGAUGGAAAAGCAAACAUUUUACACCGUAAGAAAUCUGGUUACCCCAGAGGUCUUCAAUGCCGAUUCCAGUGUUAUUCUGGUCAACUCUCUGUUCUUCCGUGCCAAAUGGGAAAAGAUAUUUCCUCAGCAACUUACCAAGCUCGGAGACUUUUGGAUUAAUCUCCGCCAGCGAAUGGAGAUACCCAUGAUGACACAGAUUGGCCUGUUUCGUUAUGGAGAGUCCAAGAAACUUAAGUCACAAAUUCUACAAUUACCUUUUGAGAAGUCCAACUUGACCAUGAUGAUCAUUCUGCCCACAGCUAUUGAUGGCUUGGCCAAAUUGGAGGAGAAACUGGAGCAUGUGGAUAUGAACGAAGUAGCUGCCAAAAGUCUGUUGACCGAAGUGGAUGUGACAGUUCCGAAAUUCAAAAUGGAAUGCGAUAUAGACUUAAAAUAUCCACUACAGAAGCUGGGAAUCAAUCGCAUUUUUGAGCCUGAUCAGGCGGACUUGAGUGGCCUUUUUGCCAAAAAGACACCACAAAGCAUUUCAGAGGCCAGGCACAAACUAUUUCUAAAUGUCACCGAAACAGGAUGCGAAACGGAACCAGAACCGGAUACUCAACCCGAAGAAGUCAAAAAGAAUCCCCAUCGCAAGGUCUUCAAGGUCGACCGUCCAUUCGUUUUCGCCAUUCGCAGCAAGAAAAACGUUUAUUUCGUUGGCCAUUUCAUUAGGCCCUAAUUGCGCGCGGAGUGUUGCAAAUAUUUUGAUGGCAAUGGCCCGCAGGCAAUCACGGCCAAAUGGCCAUAUCCCAAUGAACAUCAAAUUAUUGCCAAACAAAUGUACACAAUGCAUUCGAAAUACAAAAAAACAGCAGGCACAGGCAAA